CAGGGAUACCAAGAUGGAAAUCCAGGGGCUUUCUGAUGCCCAAAACAUUCACUCUCAACAUGGCGCCCUACACAGAACCGCUUCACCGCCACUUCGGUCGAUGGCAGGGUCGAAACAACGUUUUAUUUCCCCGGAAAAUGAAGCGGAUAGACGGCUGGAUUCGCCUAAGCCUCAAAGUGACAACAACAACAGCAGCAGGCCGAGGACUUCAGCGUUUCACCUGCUGGCGGAAAAUGGCAGCGAAGCGGUUUGUCCGCCUGUCAAACCACGACCAACCCUUAAAAGCAGUUUAUCUCGCAAUGUUAAUAGACAGCGAGUUGGCCUUCAUAACGUGAACACUGAAAAGGAAAAUCUGCUAAACGCACAGCAUUCUUCGCAGGAGUUUGUGAGGACUGCCUGGAUAUAUGAGAUAGAAAGCGAGCAUGGUGCAAUGCAAAUGGCGCUGCCCCUUUUUGAAAGGGAAGAGGAACCGUUGCCGCAGCGGCAGUUAACGUUACCGUGUCCAGGUUUACGGCAGCAGCGUGAGGACGGCGCCUACAAGCAGCCCUCUCUGGCUAGCUACAGCGGUUCUACACCGGGGAGCCCCAACACGAAGAAUGGGGCUAACAGACCCCAGAAACAUGUUGGUUAUAUCGUUCAAGAGGAUGGCGAUACCGAGGGGAGCAAACACCGACCGGAUGUAUUUAUCUGCGAUAAAAUGAAAGGUAAAACGCCAGACUGCUCUAAAACAAGCCUCCAUAACUCCAUGGAGGCAGGAGACAGCAGUGACGUUAUUCUGUGUGAAUCUAGUGACAACUUAAACUCUCUUGAUGCUCAUGUUUUAAAGAAAGCGGAACAUGUUUUCAACUUACUAAACGAAAAUUCUGCCUUGGCUAAUGCUAAGCAGGCUGUUUAUCAGCACUUCGUCGAAGACGUUGUUUUGACAAACAAAUAUGGCGAUAAGAUUUGUGGUCAGAUUUGUACUGAAAACAAUGAGAGUAAAUUGGUGAAGGGGGUUACGUCGCACUCAAGUAGUGCCUUGAUUUCAGGGAACCCGGUUAUAGUUGAAACCAUGGACACCUCGGACUUUAUUUCAGAUUCAACCGGAAUGCAGGACUCUGCUACCCCGGGCACGGCCUCCACUAGCCCGCCUGCUAGUGAAACCUUUUCCGGAACUAUCACAAUAAACAACCAAAGCAUCAUAGUGACUAUUGAAAACGGAAUACUGACUCUCGCUGCCCCUCCAGAGGGAUAUGUACACAAAGAGGACGACAUGGUCAGCCUAAAAGAGCAUCUAGGUAUGAAAGAUCACGAGGAUAUUGUUCUUCUGAACUAUGACAGUGGCACUAAAUCAAUCGGCAAGAUCAGCACCCUGGCAGUAUCCAGCUCUAACCAGCAGGAAGAGCCCAGGCCUGGUAUGUCUGUGAGUGACUCUGAGCUGGCUCUGGUGGAUGACUGCUCCUUAUCAGAGCUUGGCACUUCUCUGGACUCUUGUCCUAUUAUUAAGCAGGAAGCAGGGGAGCUGUGUGCUGUCACGGAAGCUGACCUUGUUGCCCCAAACCCCAAAGUGGCAGACUGUGAGAAUGGGGACGUCCAGUCUGUGCAGCUAAUCAGAUCCAAAAAAGAGAUUGCCUCCACUUUUAACUGCCCAGAACCUGGCUGCAAUUCUACGUUUGACACACGCCAAAAACUCAAGGUUCACCUCCUGAAUCAUGCUGAGGAUCCACGCCCCUACCAGUGCACAGUGGAAGGCUGCGGCUGGGCGUUUGGCACCUCUUACAAGUUAAAGCGGCAUCUUCAGUCCCAUGACAAGCAGCGGCCACACACCUGUCAGUUUGAGGGUUGUGGACGACGGUUCACCACAGUCUACAACCUCAAAGCUCACAUCAAAGUCCACGAGCAAGAUAAUGCCUUCAUCUGCGAGAUCUGCAGUGAGAGGUUUCGCAGCGCUUCACGACUCACCAAUCACCAGAGGGUCCACUUUGAGCCACAGAGGCCCCACAAGUGUGAAUUCCCAGGCUGUGAGAAAACAUUCAUCACCUUCAGUGCCCUGUUCUCCCACAAUCGCACUCACUUCAGAGAAACAGGCCACUUCACCUGCACCUUCCCUGGCUGCGACAAGAUGUAUGACAAGGCCUGUCGUCUAAAAAUCCAUAUGAGAAGUCACACUGGUGAGAGACCCUUUGUUUGUGACUCAGAGGGCUGUGGCUGGUCCUUCACCAGCAUGUCUAAGUUGCUCCGACAUAAACGGAAACAUGAUGAUGACCGUCGCUUUGUAUGCACAGAGGAGGGAUGUGGAAAGUCCUUCACCCGGGCAGAGCACCUUAAGGGCCACAGUAUCACCCACCUGGGCACCAAGCCCUUCCAGUGCCAUGCAGAAGGCUGUACUGCCAGGUUUUCAGCUCGCAGCAGUCUGUAUAUUCACUCCAAGAAGCAUAAGCAGGAUGCCAGCACCCUGAGGACCCGUUGUCCUGUGGCAAAUUGCUCCAAGCACUUCUCAUCCCGCAGCAGCCUUAAGAGCCACAUGCUUAAACACCACCACCUCAGUCCUGACGUUCUUAGCCAGAUGGAGACCACACCCACACUGACCCCCAGCAGUGAGCUCAUCAGUCCCACCCCAACAACAGUUGCAGGGCCCGGUAUUACUGGGGGUGACCAGCUGCCCAACUUGGACCUCAGCUCUCUCUUCUCUGCUGUGCCUGGAGGAGCUGCACCCACUGCUGGCAUCGGAGUGGGAAUUCCUGUCAGUGGGAGCAGCUCUAAUGGCACCUUCACCAUGGACCUUUCCCUGGUCAGCUCAGGUAUCCUCACCAUCGACCCCUCCUCAGUGGGCCCCACACUCUGCACCAGCACCAACACCAUGCUGGCCAAAGCUGUGGACCCUCUGAUCCUGGCAGCUGGUGCAGACAUGGGCCCCCACCACGGUCUGGAAGGAACAGUGGGUGAUGUCCUGCCCCCUCAAGGAACCCUCAACCUGGAUGAUGUUCAGACUGUUACCCCAGAGGCCCUGAGCACCCUCACGGCUCUCGCCAUGCAAGGUGCUGGUGUGUCUGUGGACCCCGCUCUGCAGCACCCACUUAGCUCUUCAAGUGCUCUGAGUGUGGAGCCCGCAGCCUCUUUGGCUGUGGCCCCUGUUGCUGAACUGCUGGCUUCACCUUCAAAGGUGGUGGAGGUUGGUGGCCAAGGAGGGGCGGGGCCUCUGCUGGGCUGUGUGGAGGUGCUUGGACCUCAAGAGGGAGGGAAAGUCCUCACCCAGUUUGUUUUCCCUGGGACCAGCAGCAGCUUCAGCCCACAGAAAGAGCAAGAACUUACCGCUGUGUCACCAAGCAGCUUCCUGGAGAGUGGAGGCUCAGCCAGGACGGACUACAGAGCCAUUCAGCUCGCCAAGAAGAAGAAGCAAAGAGGUCCUUCAGCCUCAGGGAGUCCAGGAUCCAGUCAGAGAAAAGCUAAAGGGGCAAAGGCAGCCCCCUCGGGUGCUCGUUAUGCUGAAGGAGCUGCAGCAGCAAAUGCAGGGUUAACUCUACGUGACCCUGUGACGGGUGCACAGUACGUUCAGAUUCAGCUGCUGCAGGAUGAUCCAGCCAGCGAUGGAGACCUGGCCUUCCAGCUGAGCUCUCAGCCCUCCAGCUCCCACUCUCAGCUCACUGCCGACCUGCCUGUCAACAUUUUGCAAGAACCCUCAGUGAUGACAGAGGACGACAACGGCUCAGACAACUCUCAGUUCACAGGAAGCACAAUCAACCUUCAGGACCUGGAGUGAGCGGCACAGAGCUGCUGAUGGAGGUCUGCCACCAUGACGGACCUUUCUGGCACCUUGUAACUUUCCAAAGUUUACAUCAACAAUGAAGAAACAUUUGACUCCAUCAAACGGUUGCCUAAUCUUUCCCAGGACUUUGAAAGCCUUUUUAGACGUGGUCGAUUUAGUGUGGGGGGAGGGGGGUGGAUGGAAGUCCACAGAAAUUGCACCUUGAAAAGAGGAGAUCAUAAUUAUUUGUCCAGAGGAUUAUGGAUGUGUUUAUUUCCUGUUCGUACCAAAUGAAACUUGAGAGCAUUCUCAUGUCGAGAACAUGGAGGCGUUUUGUUCCUCUGUGGGUUUUGACGGUGUCGUGUCUACUUCAUGGUGCCACAUUGCCACUCAUGCACACACAGUGCGCUGUCUACGCUCCGGAUGCCUUACAGACACCUCACGCUGUGCAUUCCUUCACUGGCGAGUUACCUGCUUUUUUUUUUAUUUGUAUUUGUUACUAUUUUGAUUUCUAAUCUUUUGUUAGAUUUAUUUUUCUAUGGCAGCAGUGAGUCCAUGUUAAAAACAUGUCUGUUCAUGACUUUAUAUACAGUAUAUAAUGAGUUACUACCUUACUGUAAUAAUUUUAUCUGUUUAUUUAUUGUUUAGCUGUGGGUUUACAGAAUGGCAGAGCCAAACACAGAAUAAUUAAAGAAUCAAAGCACAAUCAGAA